GGGCCCCGGGUGCUCUUCUGUCGGCCCUCCUCUCUGCUCCUCCUCAGUCUCUCCGGGACCGCAGCCCUGCCGCCGGGACGGAGCUCUCUCUCACGCCGCCCUCCAUGUCCUCCGUGUCGGUCUCCUCUCAGGAGGGGCGGAGCUUGUCCAGGAUGUCUCUGAGCCACUCACCUGUGUCGCCCAUGACGGCCCAAGGUAUCCCAUCGCCCGCCCAGCUCACAAAGGCCAAUGCCCCUGUCCACAUCGACGUGGGCGGGCACAUGUACACCAGCAGCCUGGCGACGCUCACCAAGUUCCCGGAGUCCAGGAUCAGCCGGCUGUUCAGCGGUGCAGAGCCCAUCGUGUUGGACAGUCUGAAGCAGCACUACUUCAUCGACCGGGACGGCGACAUCUUCCGCUACAUCCUCAGUUUCCUGCGCACCUGCAAGCUGCUGCUUCCUGAAGACUUCCAGGACUUCCCCCAGCUGUAUGAGGAGGCUCGGUACUACCAGCUUACUCCGAUGGUGCGUGAGCUGGAGCGCUGGCAGGCGGAGCGCGAGGCCCAGCGGACGGCGCCCUGCGAGUGUCUGGUGGUCCGCGUCACACCUGACCUGGGCGAGAGGAUCGCGCUGAGCGGCGAGAAGGUCCUCAUCGAGGAAAUCUUCCCCGAGACCGGAGACGUGAUGUGCAACUCGGUGAACGCCGGCUGGAACCAGGACCCAACCCAUGUCAUCCGUUUCCCUCUCAACGGGUACCUGAGGCUCAACUCUGUGCAGGUCCUCGAACGCCUCUUCCUGAAAGGCUUCGAAAUCAAGGCGUCCUGCGGCGGCGGCGUCGACUCCUCCCAGUUCAGCGAGUACGUGCUGUGUCGCGACCUGCAGCACAGCCAGUCCGUCACCAGCACGCCAAUCCGGAUUAAGCAAGAGCCUCUGGACUAAAGAGCAGCGGAGACCGUGUCACCUGAGCACGUCGAGCACACCUGCAGCGGAGGCCCCAGGAGGCGGAGCUUGGCUGCCGUGUACAUAAUGUUUUGUCAUUACAUUUUUAUAAAGUGCUGUUUGUAUAUUUAAUGUCUUUGUAGCUCAGCUGUUGUUCUCAUAAAAAGAAA